UUGAGCAAAGUAGUUGUUGAGGAGAGGAGUAAUCAUCACAGCCAGCAUUUCUGGUCACCGGAUUCAUUUUAAUCGAAGAUGAAAGUAUCAAUAAUUUCCAUUUUAGACACGUUUCCAUGUUCCUAUUUUUAGGUGAAAAUACAGUCAGGGAAACCGUUUUAUUAAGUAAGGGUAGACUGAUAGUAUUCGUUUGUCACCUGUUGGACUGGUCUUACGGGUAAAUAGAGGAAGAAGUACAAUAAUUAAACGGAGUAGUUAUUUUUUUUAAACUUUUAAAAAGCCGUUAUGAUUCCUGAAUGUCCACGAACGACCGCGUCCAGAAACCGAAUUCAGUGUGAAUCCGUUCAGAACCGCCCUGGGUUACUGCGCGAGACCAGAACCGCCAUCAGGAGCGAGCAGUUCACGGAGCACUAUGACAUCAUCCCGGGCAAAGAGCUGGGCAGAGGCAAGUUUGCUGUGGUGAGAAAAUGUGUGGAGAAAAGCACAGGGAAAGAAUAUGCAGCAAAGUACAUGAGGAAGAGGAGGAAGGGCCAAGACUGCAGAACAGAGAUCAUUCAUGAGAUUGCAGUGCUGGAGCUGGCAGCAGCCUGUCCACGAGUGGUCAACCUCCAUGAAGUCUAUGAGAUGGCGAGCGAGAUGGUACUUGUUCUGGAAUAUGCCGCCGGUGGGGAGAUUUUUAACCAGUGUGUGGCUGAAAGAGACGAGGCCUUCAAAGAUGAGGAUGUGAAGAGUCUGAUGAGACAGAUUCUGGAGGGCGUGGCCUUUUUUCACAGAAACAAUGUGGUACACCUGGACCUCAAACCUCAGAAUAUCCUCCUUGCCAGCGAGUCUCCUCUCGGGGACAUAAAGAUUGUGGAUUUUGGCCUGUCGAGGUUGGUAAGCAGCAGUCAGGAGAUCAGAGAGAUCAUGGGCACACCUGAGUAUGUGGCACCAGAAGUCCUGAAUUAUGAGCCCAUAACCACAGCAACUGAUAUGUGGAGUAUCGGUGUCCUCGCCUAUGUGAUGCUGACAGGCAUCUCUCCGUUCCUGGGCGAUGAUAAGCAGGAGACCUUCCUCAACAUCUCUCAGAUCAAUGUGAGCUACACAGAGGAAGAGCUUGAGCACCUGGACAGAGCUGCCAUCCACUUCAUAAAGUCCCUGCUCAUCAAAGAACCAGAAAACCGUGCCACUGCAGAAAACUGCCUCAACCACCAGUGGCUGCAGAUGAAAGAGGAGGAAGUCAAGGAGGAGAACACUUCCGUCUCGGAGCAUGUUAGUCCCGGGACCUCCAGCCACAAUGAAGAUCCAGAGGAGGAAAAUGGUCAGGUGACAGAGGAGCUCAUCGUCAUGGCAGCCUACACCCUGGGUCAGUGCCGCCAGUCCUCUGAUAAAGAGAACCUGACUCCGGAUCAGAAGGCCAUCUCGAAACGCUUCAAGUUUGAGGAACCAUUCUCAGCCCUCCAGGAAGUUCCUGGAGAAUUCAUCUACUGAUAUAAAACCCAGCCAGCUUGCUGCUACGCUCCAACUAAUGUCACACUUUAGACAAAAGACGUUUUUGUCUUUUCACCCACCUCAUGAUUUGAACAUGUAAGCCAAACCAUUUUUAUUUGUUUUGUUGUCUCACUUGUUUCUUUAUUUCUCUAAUGUUUGUGCUGCUUUAUAUUUACUGUGGUUAAGUUCCUCUUAAUUUCCUUCGGUGCCAUGAUUAAAUCUUUGUCUAUAUGGGUCAUAAGUUAAAUUGAAUCAUUAUUUUAUUCUUUUGAUGAUAACAAUUCCUUUUGUUUUCUUCUGGAUGCGUUUGCCAUCUUUGUACAAAAGAAUGUUUGUUUUUGUCUUUCUGGGUUCUGGGGGAAAUAGAAUUACAUGUAAAUUAAUCAAAUUUAAUUUUAAGUGUAUUUCAGUGUAAUGUUUAAAAAGCCAUUUUGUAUGUUCAGCUCCUGACUGGCCCUUUCAGGUCAACAAUUCCAGAGUAAUAACACUUCCAUUUACACAUACAAUAUAUGUUUCUUUAUAUAUAAAUUAAGAAAAAGAAAAUGUGUCCGUUUAUUUUUAACUCCUGUUAGAGUUAUAACUGUAAAUUUAUUUGUCACUAUAAACAAUAUUUUUAAUGGGAACACAUUUCAAAGUGACUUUCUCAAUGCUGUAAAUAAAAGUUUGU